UAUUACCUGGGGUUCUUUUGUCGUAUCUACCCUACUUUUACGGCCUUUCUUUGUUAUACCCAGCAUAUUUUGAUCCAUCGAGCGUUAUGCUUUUAAUGUUCAAAUGUUUGUCAAUCUUUAGUAAAUUAAUUAUUACCCUUAAAUACUAAUGUAUUUUAUUUAAUUCAUACAAUGUUGGAUUACUAUACUAAUUUUAGGCUAUACAAAAGAAGUACAAAGUCACAAAAACUAUAAAUGCCCUAAUAGUAGAUUAGAUCAUAAUAGUAAAUAGUUUUAUACAUACAAUAAAAUUAAAUUUGCAUUUAGGUACCCCCAAAAAGGGUCAGUUUAUUGCCUACAGUAGACAAAUUUCGGCGAAAUAAAGUGAUAAAUGAUUUGGACUUUUGGAUAUUAAAAUUUACAAGUAGUCUGGUUAUAGUCAUGAUCUCGGUUGUGUGGAAUUAUUUUGAAACAUGGAUUCAACACCUAGCAGAUUUAAGAGUCUUUCAAUGCCAACUACAGACCUACAAUUGAGACCUUUUACUGCAAGACACUCCACACCAAUUUUGGAACGUAAAAGACUGGUGAACUUAGAAGACUCCCGAGCUUACAAUAACUGGUGUAAAGCUCUUUGGAAACCGGCGCAAAAAAAUAGGUUUAUAGUGAAUGGAAAUAGAAUAAAAACAAACAUGGACAACAGCAUAAUUUCUGGCUGUCUCAAUAUGUCUAGUAUAAAGCCUAAAAUAACAGAUAGACCUGUUAUGGAAGAAGAUUCAAUUAUGAACAAACUAAAGAGGAUAUGUAACGGAAGUUAUAAGGCUGUAGUUCUAAAAAUGACUUCGAUCUUUAAUAGUGGUAGCAGAAAGAAAGUUCCAAGUCGUACAGUGAAGAGUCCCUCUAAAAAAUGCAAAAAUAUGAAAAAUAUGGAGUGUUUUGAAUUGUUAGAAAGUGAAAAAGUACCCGAAAGAACUGAAGAAGUAGUGCCUAAUAAUCAAAUGUCUUCGAAUAACGAUAUAUACUUAUAAGAAAGUAUUUUAUUUUGU